GUAAAGCCAAGUGAUAUAAUUCACUGAGUAAAAGGAGGAGACACUUGGCAGCUUGGCACCAGUACUAAUGAAGCCAAUAGCCUUCUCUGCUUUCUCCUUUUGGCUGGCUCUCAUUUUGGCUGGCUUCCUUGGCAUACGCAUCACUGGCAGUUUUGUGAGAAGUCAGAAGAACCAUACGCUAAUUUUCACUAAGGAAAACACAAUUCGCAACUGCAGCUGCUCAGUGGAUAUCCGUGAUUGUGAUUACUGCCUGGCAAACUUGAUGUGCAAUUGCAAAACGGUGCUGCCUUCUACCAUGGAAAAAACUACCUACAGUAACCACCUGACCAUUUGGUUCACAGACACUUCUGUGCUGGAGAUGCUCCUCAACUUCACGAGGGUGUGGGAUUUGAAGCUGUCCUUCUGUGGCACCACUCCUCUCCCGACAGAGUACUUGGCCAUUUGGGGACUUCGAAAACUCCGGGUCAAUAAGGUGAAGGGACGAUUUCCAGAGCAGAGUGUAACCAUCUCCAGUAGCAGCAACAACGAAAAAGAAGAUUCACUGGCGAUGCACAACAAAGACAGGCAAAUGCUUGUACAUAUUUCUUUUCUGGAUACCUCGCUUUUCAAUGGAUAUUCUUUGCUGAAAUCGUACAGUGUGGAAAACGUCUCCAGUAUCACAGAGCACUUUCCUAGCCUGCUGUACUCCGAUGUUUUCUCAACCUCAGAUAACAAGAGCUAUGUUGUAACAUUCAUUUACUGAGUUAUUUAACAUAUUCAGUAGUCAGAGGCAUGGCAACAGCCAAGAGAGAGAUGGGACUUAUUUAAGGCUGCUUGGUUUGGCCAGGAGGAUCUGUUAUGGGAUGGACACUUCUGACCAUGAUAGCACUCAUGCUAGGUGCUUAAAGUAAGACAGACUGAUCAGACUAAUUCCAUACCUGCUUUCUUAAAGAACAAAGAAAACGUGGAACGACUGUUUUAGAAAGCAUUGGUACAAAUUCAUUUUAUAUGUUGUAAACCAGGAAUUGAAACCUGCAGAUAAAUUUUGUUUUAACAUUGUGCCUCAGACAGAAAAAGACAUAACCAUGUACCUCCAGUUGUAGAAGAACCUGAGCCUCCUGGAGAAAAUCACUUGGGUUCUAACCCAAGUUAUGGCAGCCUGGGAGGUCUCCAGUCCAACCACCUGCCCCAAGCAGGGCCACCUCUGGGAUCAGACCAGGGUUUUCUGCGGUUGGGUCCCGAAAAUCCCCAAGGAUGGAGCCUGCACAACCUCAUUGGGCAACCUGUGCCACUGCCUGCCUGUCCUCAUGGGGAAACUUUUUUUCAUUUAUUAGCCCCAGCCUUCCCCUCUCCAGGCUGAGCAAGCCCAUUUCCUUCACACUCUUCUCACAGACACAAGCGCCAGCCCCUGACCAUCUUGGUGGCUCUCCACUGGACCACUUCAGAUGGUCCAUAUCCUUCUUCCACUCAGCAGAGGGGGUGGAGGGGUAGGGCGAAAAACUGCAUGCAGUACCCCCAGUGCAACCUCCUAAGUGCUGCGACAAGGGGAAUAAGCCCUUCCCUCCAACUACUGGCUGUGCCCCUGUCAAUACUGCUGUCAGGUUCAAGGGGUGCGAGGUGGCUACAGAUUACUCAAACUGGGAGUGCCGAGUUGGUCUUGCCCUCUGGUACUGGGUCAGAGCUGGCAACCCUCUGCUCAGGCUGGGUGACGCAGCCUCUUAUGAAAGCAGGGACAGGUUACAAAAGCAGGGACACAGCCUCCAACCUCAGCACAAAACUGAAGGUGUGUUUGGGGGAUUACCAGGAAGCUGUGUCCUCUGCCAAGCCACAGCACACAUUGUGAGAAAGCACUGGGCAAGAGGCCACCUGACAGUUGAGACACCAUGCUCACAAAGGUGUUUUUUUUUCCCAGAGAAAGGCCCGUCUCUUGCACAUUGAGUGUUCUGAUACCUGUGAUUUCCCCAAAUGCAGGGAAUUUGACUGCAUCUUUUGUGAUAAUGGCAAGCUCUGCUCAUGUUCUCCCCUUUAAGAAAGGAGAAAGACCCCAUCCAACGACUCUCAUCUGGUAAGGGAGGCAAGGCUUCUGACACAACGUGUAGCAAAUGAUUUUCAGACACGUUGGGGGAGAAAGACUGCCAGCCCCACAUCAGAACUAUUUAUAUAGCCCAAAGUCUGCUCCUUGCCCAUGUCUGCAGGAUUUGCAUUCCAUGAGACAUAAUUAAGGCCAGGAUCCAUCCAUACAGUACAAUAAAAACUUUGGAACAGCAGGUCCUAACAGUCUUGCAUUUGCUAGCAAUGGAUUCCAUGAAAUUGGUAUAAAAUAUAUGUACUGAAGGGAACAGCUAUCAAGAUUCUAAGGAACCAGUGAAUUUGCUUCAACAGCUUUAUAAAGGAAGACUUUUUCUGUAACUGUAAUCAAUGAUGGAGCAGUUUUGCUAGGAAGAAAAACAUAAUUUGUCAAAAUACUUAAAUACAUGCACACCUUCUAUUACUGUGAGCUUUCCCACCAAAACCAACAAUGCAGUAACUAUUGAAUUAAUGGAGUCUAUUUGCAAUUGCAAAUUAACAGAUUUAAGCACAUGAGUGUUUGAAGGCUGGGGAUUGAACUCAAUUUAACUUAACUAGAGAACUAUUAAAUCAGCUGCUGUAAAAACGCUGUUUCCUUUGUCAGCACCUCGGCAGCAAACUGUAAGCCUUCUCCCCAAAUCACAAAUAUUUCUAGUGAUACCUCUCACAAUUGUGUCACAGGUUACAAAAUGGUUAGGAGCUGGAGCUGGGCUGGCAGAAAUUGGGAGUGGAGUGUGCGUGUGUUCUGAGCACAUUACAUGCCUGGAA